CUUAGAAGCUUCGCUUCCAGAACGGUGGGCAAACAUCACUGUUAUUUUAUUGCUAGGCAACUCUUUAUACGUUAUUUUGGAACCGUAGCAGCAAAAAUAGAGGUGCUUAGCUAACGUCAACGUUGCAAACGUGUCUGGAGGGAAUUCCGUGAAGUUCAAAUCCGAGCUAUCCAAACGCCAACUGGGUGAUUAUCGUUGUGAACCCCGGUGUCAGGGUCAGUCUCUAUUAUCCGUCUCCAAGAUUAUCUGGGCGGCUGAGUUACGUUACGAUGAAGUCAGAGGCGGAUUAGUGACAUGUGUAAAGAGAAAGAAGAAAACUGAGAUGCUGCAGUGUGUUUUAGCUGCACCGACUCGAAUCCCGUAUCCUUUAUCAUGUCUGAGAUGAUGAGUUAUUUGGAGGCAACCUGAAGAUGGUAGGUUCCUCAUCUGGGCGCGUUUAGAGUGAAGAUUUGUAUGUUUUUUUUCUUGCUAAGUUUUUCCUCGAUGCUCCUUAACGCGUCUGAUGAUGCACCAACGACAACGGGCAGCAUUUGGACCCAUCACAUCUGUUAAGUCUGCCAGAUGUUGAUCUCCUUCAUGGAAACACUGCAUUUAUUCAAGAUCUGCGCGUUUGAUGCUUAUGUUCAUAUCUUAAACCUCACGUAGAUUUAAAUCACGGUCAAGUGGCUGCUCAGUGUGCAGAACAAAUAUCCAGAAGAUAAAGCAAGACUUUGAAAAUUGAUGGUUUACAGUGUUGAAACCUGAAGAUGCUCCAACCAGGCAACUAUUCCCUGGUACUGAUGGUCCAGCUGACACUGUUGGCCUAUGACCUCUUCGUCAAUUCCUUCAGUGAACUCCUGAGAGGUACUGCUGUCAUCCAACUGGUGCUUUUCAUUAUCCAGGACACAGCCAUCUUGUUCAACAUGAUCAUCAUCUUGUUGAUGAUGUUCAGCACCUACGUGUUUCAAGUCGGCCUGGUGUCCCUGCUGCUGGAGAGGUUCAAGGCUCUGCUGCUGAUCUCUGCCCUUUACCUGACCCUCAGCAUCUGCUUCCACUGCUGGGUGCUGAAUCUGAGAUGGUUGGAGUCAAACCGCUUUGUUUGGACAGAUGGCCUUCAAGUUCUCUUCGUCUUCCAGAGAAUAGCAGCAGUUGCGUACUAUUACUUGUACAAACAAACAGCUGAACAAUUAGGAGACCCGAGGCUUUAUGAGGACUCUCUCUGGCUGCGCGACAUCUUCACCAGAGGACACCAAUGAAGAAGCACCAGGAGUAAAAUCUUAAAAGAUUUUUGAGAACAUUCAGUACAUUCUUGGAAAACUUGUUUUUGCUCACACUAUUUAGUGCUUAGGCUAGUGAAACUAAGUAAAGGACAGAAAGAAAUUUCAGCCACAGUUUAAUAGGUCUUUUCCAACCUUCCUGCCCGUUCAGUGGAUUUCAGCAACACGGAGGCCCUACAUAGCCCAUGUAGUAGUCUUAAUCCGAACUGUGUUCAUUGAUGUGGCCUUGAAAGUCAGUGUGAUGUGCAGCACACUGGAAUAGACUUUUCAGAAAAAGAAAAGUUGUCAGAGCCAAAGAUGAACUUUUCUGGCUUUUUAUUUUUUUACACAUUUAAUGCAGUGGUGGAGAAAAUGUGCUAGAGUUCUAUUGUACAUAUUGCUAUUUGUCUUAACAGAAACCAUUUUUUUUGCCUGGUACAUGUUUACAUGGUUAAUAUUUUAAUACAAUUUACUGCUUUUG